AUGGGCUAUUCUGGCAACCCCCAGACGGGUUUAACGGACCCCGGGGCCAUUAGUGUCGCAGUCGUCGCGUUCCUGGUGCUGUCGCUCUACAACGCUAUCGAGCUCGACGUUAUCCUCCUCACCGUCUUCCAGCGCCGACGGGGCCUCUACUUCUGGAGUUUCGUCGCCUCCACUAAUGGCAUCGUGCCGCACUCCAUCGGCUUCUUCCUCAAGAACAUUCUCAGCUCCCGCCAGUUUGGACUGUACAUUACGUUUGUGGCUGUCGGCUGGGUGCCCAUGGUCACGGGCCAGUCCCUUGUCCUCUACUCGCGCCUGCACCUCUUAUUCUGGGACACGUUUUAUCUGAAGCUGGUCCUGGGCUUAAUCAUCUUCAACGCCAUCGCCUUGCAUAUCCCCAUCAUCAUCCUCAUGUACGGGGCCAACAGCUCACCCUCAAACGCCUUUGUCCAGCCGUAUACCGUCUAUGAGAAGGUCCAAGUCACCGUCUUCUUCCUGCAAGAGCUCAUCAUCUCGAGCAUCUACAUCAAGGCAUGCUUCUCUUUCUUCGAUACCCAGGAUAGCAUGUACGGCGAUUCUGUGCGAAAAAUGCGGCGGCACCUACUCUUAGUAAACAUUCUUGUCGUUAUCCUCGAUGUUCCGAUCCUCUGUCUCGAGUAUACCGACGUGUACGACCUUCAAACGGCGUACAAAGCCUUUGUUUAUAGCGUCAAGCUGAAGAUGGAAUUUCAGAUUCUGAACAAGCUGGUCGAGAUGACGCGAGCGCGGGAAGACGUGGACCCGUUCAACAAUAGCUCGGCCAUUCGGAUGCGUGAUGAGUCCAGUCAGAGGUAA